AGAAAAACACCUUAGCAAAUGUAAUACUGAAACAAAAUUCGUAGCCAAGUCACCACGUCAGCUCAGCCUAGUGAAAGUUGGGAUUUGCACAACACACGCGCCAGCGCUGCGCUGCCAGGCUUCACGGUCUGACAGGGCGGCGGUUCGAGCCCCCUCAGGCCGGAUUCUUUCCGUUGACUAGGAACACUUGGUUACUGCCCCCCUUGAGCAAGGGGGAUGGGGUACGUGGUGUGUGAGGUCCUGGCAGUACCCAGAGAUCGACGGUAAAGAGCACUUACUCAUGUCGGGAGGGUACCUGCUGGCGAUUACGAGUCCAACACGUGAUCAGGCCGUGGUGAAUUACACACACACUUAACACUAACACUCCUUGAGUUCGUCGCCCCGGCUUCUGUGAUACAACAACAAAAGUUACGUUCACAGAGAUACGUUGUUUUAACAGGAAGGAAUAUAUAGUUUCAGGUGUUUGGGGGCUGCUGAACACGCAGCUUAUAGCGUCCGCAUCCUCCCUCUCAACCUGAUUCGUCUCAUAUAAUAAUAAUAAUAAUAAUAAUAAUAAUAGUAAUAAUGCAAAGAAUCUAGAGGCAUGAAUACUCUAUAGAAAUGAUACAGAAAUCUGAACAUAAGACAUCGACAGUUGUUUAUAAUGCAGAAGUGUAAUACUUUGAGGGUAGGCGGUGGCUGAGUGGUUAGCGUGCGGGCCCUGCACGCAGAUUCGAAUCCGCCGCUACCACCUGGGAUUUUUUAGUCACUGCCGAGUGGCUAAAGACUACCCACAUGCUGUCCUGAAGACCACCCAUCAACCCGGACUCUAGAGGAAAUCGUCCAAGUGAAUAAAAAACGAGCUCCGGGAAGCAGCAUGAGCCAAGAAAAGAUGGCACCACUAUAAAAUACUUGCCUGCGCCAUGACGGGCUUUUGUGGAUAAGGAGUGCUUAAACCCACAACAGGUCUUUAAUUGUGAUGAGACAGGCCUGUUUUGGAAAAAAAUACCAAACAGGACCUAUAUAACAAAGGAAGAGAAGUGUUUGCCAGGACACAAGCCCACGAAAGACAGGCUAACCCUGCUUCUGUGCGCCAAUGCUAGCGGCGACUGCAAAAUUAAACCGCUGCCGGUGUACCAUUCGGAAAACCCCAGGCCAUUCAAGAAGAACGGUGUGCAAAAGAGCAAACUCAGUGUGAUGUGGAGGGCAAACAAGAAAGCCUGGACAACCAGGCAGUUCUUCACAGAGUGGUUUGUGGAGGUGUUUGCACCUGCAGUGAAGACAUACCUAAUAGAGAAGAAUCUACCACUCAAGGCCCUCCUGUUGAUGGACAAUGCCCCUGCACACCCUCCAGGCGUGAAAGAAGAAUUGGGUAAGGGGUAUAAAUUCAUCGAAGUGAUGUUCCUCCCCCCCAACACCACGCCACUGAUCCAACCCAUGGACCAGAAUGUCAUCGCCAGCUUUAAGAAGCUGUACACAAAAGCACUUUUUGAGAGGUGCUUUGAGGUGACUUCUGAAACAGAGCUCACUCUGAGGGAGUUUUGGAAGAAUCACUUUAAUAUCCUCCACUGCCUAAGGCUUAAAGAUAAAGCCUGGGGUCAAGUUUCUGUGAGGUCCUUGCAGUCUGCCUGGAAAAAUCUGUGGCCAACCUGUGUGACAGCCAAGGAUUUUGAGGGAGUCGAGCCUUCAGUCCAGGAGUCUGCUGUGGUGGAGGACAUUGUGUCUCUGGGGAGGGCCAUAGGCAUUGAGGUGGACAGUGAUGAUGAGGAGGAGCUGGUGCAAGCACACUCUGAAGACCUCACCACUGACGAGCUGCAUCAACUUCGCCAGGAACAGCUGCAGGAGGUAACUGAGGAGCUGUCUUCAGGGGAGGAAGAGGGGAACAGCAAGGAAAGAGUCUCCACUGCAGAAAUCAAGAAAUAUUUGCAGCAGUGGACAGAGUUGGGAAACUUUUUGGAGGUGCCACCCUGAUAUUGUUGCCGUACACAGAAACAUAAACCAGUUUGAUGAAAAUUUGAUGCAGCAUUUCAGAGACAUUUUGAAAAAAAGGCAAAGGCAGAUCACAUUAGACAGAUUCUUGUUGAAAUAGGAAUCUAGUGAGAGUGCAAGUGUUAGUGAGCCCCAGCCCUCCACUAGUGGGUUCACAGGAAUCACACCAGGAGACGAGUUACCAGACGGUGACUCGUCCUCCGACGAAUAACCUCCCUCCUCCUCCCCACCCUUCUCCCCUCCUCUUCUACGUUAUCCAUCACCAGCCUUCACUUAUGGGAGUGUGCUACCUAAACUCACUGAUGCUGCCUGGGAGAAGCUUAUACUGCUAAUAAAGGAAACUCUCCUCUGAAACUUAAGAAGUACAGGAAAAAUAUAAAUGUAUCAAUUAUUUGUUUCAAUUAUAUAAUGUAAUGUGCUUUCC